GUGAGAGCAGAGGUGAAAAGGAUGCGGUGUACUAUCUGUCCGUAAAAAAAUUCAAGAGGAGAGUGAAUAUGGAAAUACAGCUUAAAAUCUGCUUUCAGCUCAUUUUGUGGUUUUUGUUUGAGCCAACUCUACAAGAUGUGGCUGCAGGCAAAAACCCAACUCCUCAAAAACCUGGCUCAUCUGUCUCUGAUGCAAACCUGAUGUUUGAGAUCUUGCUGGGCGGGGUAGAGAUGGACCAGGACAACAACAUCGUCCUGCUUGACAAGGAGCUGGCAUCGAUGAGGUCGGGGCGGGCUUUCCUGUCUCAGAUCAACGACAACAUCCCCAGAGGCCAGAGCUCCAUGGUGCAGAUGGUGAGCGCGCUGCAGUCUCAGAGGAGGAGGCCUCUGAGUCAGGCUCAGUUUGAGAGUCUUGUCCUGAGCAUGGUGUACUCUGCCCACCAGGCCCGGCAUCAGGAGAGAGAAGAGGAGCAGGAGGCCUGGGCCGGAGUGCUCCUCCAGCUGGCAAAUGUCACAGUCCAUGAACUUCGUGGAAGUUAUCUCUUCAGUUAUGCAUGA